AUGUCAUUUCCAACAAAAGAAGAGCGUUCCGUUUGUUGGGGAGCAAGGGACAAAUACUGGGAGUGUUUGGACACAAACCCAAAAAAAGAAAACAUCUGCGAAGAGUUCAAAAAAGUGUAUGAAAAGUCUUGUUCAGCACAGUGGGUGAAACAUUUCGACAGAAAAAGAAAUUACCUCCAAUUCAAGGAAAGGAUAGAAAAGCAUGGAGUCCCAAAUAAAAAUAUUAAUGAACAAUCUCACAAGCAGAAAAGAAGGGUUUACCAAGAGAUUGCCUGUCGAUAAAAUUGUAAUAUAAUAAAUAAAUAAAACCAAAUAUUUUUUAAUUUAAUCCCUAUCACAUAGAUGGAGCUUCUUAUUAAUAAAGUUUAGGCAAUUUUGUAUUUUAGCUUUUU